CUUUUGUGCCUCUUUCCAGUUCCAACAGCAGAGCGGAAAAGUCAGAGAUCUGAGAAAGGCAAGAAAGUUGAAAGUUGCGACCAAAUUACAUGCUGGCAACAAUGCAUCAAUGCCUGAAAGUACAAACAGCAAUGAUUGUAGUCAUAGUUAGCCUAAUUCCACCCAGCAUCUUUGCUCACAAACCAAUGGAUUUGUCUCCUGCUAUCACCAGAGAAAAUUACCUAGAGUCUCCUGAUAGGCAUGUUAUCAGCAAUGACCGAGAUUUCUCCUCUAACCAACUGCAUAUCUUUUCUGAAGAUGACAGCAACUUGUUUGAGAAAAGUCACCCUCACUUAAAGAACAUGGAGGAAAAUAAGAUGGCGAUCGAACUCCAGAAAAGAGUCUCGGGUUGGAUUGAUGAGCCAGACAGGAGGAGGAUAGAUUUCCCAGAGAAUAAGUUAAAUAAGUUUUUUCUCUCCAAUUGGGAGAUGACGCCCAACGGACGCAGAUACAGAAGGCCAUUGCUUUUGAAAAGUUACAUUGAUGGAAGCUAUAAGGUGUCAUAUCCACCUGGAAAGAAGAGGCCCUAUUAUUAUUCUGAGCCAGAAGGUUCGGAAUUUCUUGGAGGUCCUGGGAAAUGAAGAAUUUUUGACCAACAAGAAUGAAAAAAAGAUUUUCAUUGACUUUAAAACUGUCGUUUUGAAAAUCAGUAAGGUAUUCCAGUACCCUUGCUACAAUUUUCAUAAUUACAUUAGUUUCCAUUGUAAGCCAAUGCAUGUCUAUA